AAGAAACCAUUCAAUAUCUGAGUUCAUGUAUGGAGGGACCUUGUCAUGGCCUGAUUAUAUUUGAUGGGUAUUUGUUUUGAUAUAGGGGUGGUUGCCAUGGCACAGGAUUGCAUGCCAGUGAUAUGUUUGAACUGUAACAGCAGCCACAUUCAAAAGGACAGCUUAGAUAAGGCUUGUCUUGGGGAGUGUAAGAGUACCAAUACAUGCAUCAGCGGAUUAAGGCCUAAUUCAACCUGCAUAAAAGAUUUUCCACUGCAGUUGAAAGCCUCUUCAAUGAAGAUCAAUGCGGGGGACCCUGUCAGUGUCAGCUGUGAGCACAACCUCACUCUAGACAACAUCAAAGAAUUUAUUUGGCUUCAGGACAAUAAAACUUUACCUUGCGAAAACACAACCCAGGUGAACCUAAAGGACAGUUUUCCUUGUAAAAAAGCAAGCCAGCUGACCCUUGACGACCAAUUCAGUGAUUUCAACAUCACCUGCAAAAUACACAGUCGAUGUGGUAACUUCACCUCGGACACCCUGAAUAUCACUGUUACAGACAACAGCCUGUGGAUCCUGUUUAUUUGCGGAGGGGCUGCUGUUUUCCUUAUUCUUAUUUUCACUUUGGGCAUGAAGCUUCUUCUCAAGAGGGAUAUUGCUCAGAGGCAGAUCAGAAAGAGGCAAAACAAUGUCACAAACCACGCUACUACUACAACUACUAGCACGUCUGAAUGAAAGUACUCAGAAGAUCAGACCUUAUCCAACACAAUAUGCCACAUUAUCCUAUACAGUACUCAGAAGAUCAGACCUUAUCCAACACAAUAUGCCACAUUGCCGCACAGCUUCUUGUACAGGCCAUGGUUCUUUCCAAACUGGACUAUUGCAAUGCAUUGUAAGCUGGCCUGCCUGCUUGUGUGAGACCAUUAGAGAUCCUUCAGCCGUGGAUGUGGCCAUGGGAGAGCAGUGCUCAACUACUUCCCCUUUGGUUCCAAGUCCGAAGCCUUAACCAGUAGGCCACAGCUGCCCCCACAGUACUUCUAAUCCUAUCACAGGGCAAUUGUGUUGGCAUUAUGGAUGAGACAGUUUUGUGCAAAAUUGCCCCACAAUACCACAUUGCAUGCAUCCUAUAGCAUUAUUUCCUCUUUUAUUUUUGUAUGUUUUGAAUAUCCCCUUAUUUUGUGCAUUGUCCCUAAUUUAGAAUGAAUCAGGAACUCUUCAUAGAAUGUCCUUUGACUUUCAGAUGUUGAAGAGAUAUCACAGUUCAAACCCAAGCUCUUCCAGCAAAAACAAGUCAGUAGAGGCUGUGGGCGUUCAUGUGCCUUGCUUUGUUAUUUAUGUUCAUGUCUGAACACAUUCAUUACUGUUGAGACUGACAGUGUAUUCCUCCUCAUUAUGUAUUUGAUCUCCCGUGUAAAUAUGUAAUUUUGAUAUA